UCUGUCUCUCUCUCAUGGAAUACAUAUAUAUAUACAUACAUGUACAUGUAUAGGUAUACAUACAUAUUGCAUUAAAUCAGUUGAUUUAAAAUUUGUGUUGCCACAAAUAAGCUUUUUAAAUGUUUUCUGAACAUCUGCAUCAUUUAAUGGCAUAUUAUCCACUUGGGAGUGUAUUUAAUUUUCUUGCAUUCCUUUCCUGUUUCCACAAAGACCUGUGGCAGCUGCAAGGUGAGACGGUCUCACACAACACAUUUUCUUGGGUUGCUGCUUACUUGGGGCAUUGCAAACAUGCCCAGUCUGGCUGCUGGAUUAAAGGGGGAUCUUCACUUCCUCUUAAAGUCUUUAAAGGAAAAAUAACAAAUACUGGCUCAGUGAUAUUUGGAGACACAGGGGCAUUAUAGAAUGGUCACCUAAGUUACUUCUUUGGUUCUGGUUCAGUUAAAGGUACUAAAAGGGCAGGGAGGGUUGGGGAAAAUUUUUGGUACCUAGACUCCUGGUGUUGAGAAUGGGAAGAUAUGAAUCCUAAAUAAGUCCCCCAAGUGUUGACCAGUGCCAGUCACCCAUGUGGCUGAUGCUCAGUGUCAGUAACAUAGAAAGGCCCAACUCAGCAUGGUUCAAUGUCCCACUCAGGCCACUGACUUCCAGUAUUAGGCAAGUUUGGUGGAGUGUUGGUGAUCACAGAAGUGGGAGACACUGUGAGGAAAGAAGAAAGUGAGAAAGAACAAAAGAGGAAAGGGUUUAACUACCUUUUGGUGCAGUUUUGUGCUAGUGAGCACUUGGUCAUCUAAUGAAACCUGUCUAUGCAAGGGGAGCUUGAACUCAAGGCAAUAGAAAGUGUGGAAAUUGGUUUUGCAUACAUUUGAAAAACUGGCUAUAAUCACCAACAUAUCUUGUUGGUCUCUGAGAAAGGAGGGGAACUGGAGCUGAAAGGGAAUUUCUCUCUAGGUCACUGGGAAGCUUUAGUGAAAAAACUCAAUUAUCAGGUAUUUUCUAAACCAAGGUGACCAUGUGUUGUCACACGCAUGCACGCACACGCACACACACACACACACACACACAAUCCACUUGCUGUGACAGAAAGACUAGAUAGAACUCCAAGCAGGCUCCCAAAUUAACCCUGGCCUCAGUCAUGUCUUCUCAGACUACAUACCUGGUUUACUAGUGAGGCCAUUUAUAUUAGAUAGAUUGGUGACGGCUGCUGCCUAGGGUCUCCAUGUCCCUCAGCCUUUCUGGACAACCCAUUGCUUCCAGCAUGAAAAUAGGCAAACUGAUCCUCUACCUACGUCGUGUGGAACACAGGAAUAUUUCCAAUGCUCCUGAGGAUCUCAGAAGGUGUAAUGAUUCACACCUCUGGCUAAGCCAGGUCUGUGAUGGUUCCUGGUUCUGUCUCCUUACAAUGGCACAAAACUAGGCAAGUUGCUCAGUGUCAUCAUGCAUAAGAUGGAGACAGUGCUCUUUUCCUCCCAGAGGGAUUGUAAGUUAAUAAUAGGAUAGCGAUGAAGCAAUACAGUAUGCUUAGCAUGGAACCUGGCACAAAGAAUGCACCAAAUAUGUUGGGCGUGGCUGUGCACUACUCUAAUUCGCUUACUCAGGAAGUGGAGGAAAGAGGAUUGUAAGUUCAAAACCAGCCUGGGCUGCAUAGUGAGACUCAAUCUCAAAAAAAAAAAUGAAGCGAGCAUUUGUAUUCCUUUAUUCACACAACCCUAAACAGACAAGUUAAGAGGUAAAUGGUUCAUAAGGGGCAGAUCAGGACAUAUUACUCUUCCAUGUUGGGACACUGUCUCAUGCAUAGGAGGUAUCGCAGACUUCUUGCAACAAUUCCAAGUUUCCCUGGUGGUUCCUAACCAUACGUGUGUUAUUCACACACAUUUGCAAGGAAUUACUGAAGUUCAUUACUGCUUUUCUGAAAGGGCUCAGAUUUUAUUGAGUCCAUAACACACCAUAUAUUCUACUAGGAACAUUUUAUUUCACAUUUUAAAAUAAGCAAUAAAUAUGAAAGAAAUUUGAGGGGGUAAAACACAGUAAAAUCUGUGGGCAGAUUCUUCCUCUCCCCAUCCCAGGCUAUUCAGUUAAUGAGAAUCACUUCGUCAUGCUAGGUUUCACUUUGUGUCCAGUAAACAGCUUGUCACAGGGGUCAUGGCUCAGUGAGGGACUUCCCAGCACUUCCAAGGGAUAUUUCUUAGAAAUUACACCUCCUAUUUUCACAUCUCAUUCCACACUAUAACCUUUUCUCCUUUUCUGCUUUCUCUUGAUAUCAAGGAAAACAUGUUUUCUCCUACUUCUGUUUAAAUAUUUUAAUCUUUCUUCAAAUAUUAUUUAAACAUAGAAUAUAAAGAAGAAUGAGCUGCUCUCGUGGACAUUAUUGUCUUGCUGAGGUGCCACAAGACAAAGUGACAUAUAAUGAAGUGACAGUCUAUAGAUGUGGUUGAAGAGGCCAGUAAGGGUUUAAGUUGUGAGAAAAAGCACCAUGAAGAAGGUGAGAUUGCAGCUUGAGUUAAGGAUUGAUUGACUUUGGUGGUAGAGAUACAGGGAAAGGACAUUCUUUCUGGGCUGGGACACAGAGUGAUCAGACACCCAGAGGUGAAUGACAAACAUCAGCUCAAGGGACACAGAGUGACCAGCACAUAGCCUGGUUGAUGCUAAAGAUUCGUGUUGGGCAGAAAGUGGCCAGAAUUUGUGAGACAAGGGAGUGGAAAACCCUCAAUGCCAGCUGGAGGAAGCAGAGAGGUUUCGGUGUGUCUGUAGCCAUGAUAUCUGGCAUGGUCACUGGGUGGCAGAGCGGAUGUGAGAAAACUGGUCAGAGGCUACAGGUAGAAGGCUGAGCAAGAUAUGGGAACAUUGGGUAUGAGUGAAAGAAGGGGAAGGAAUACCAUGUUUGGCUUGGGUGAUUAGGAAUGGCAUAGAGUAAAUCAUAUACCAAUUAAUUACACACCAAUUCUGCCUUUCAAAUGUUUUUCCCCCCUUUUCCAUUGAAAUUCUUUCUCUUGCUGCAUAGAACCUAGUAUUAGAAACAGCAUUUACCCUCUUCUUUUCUUUUGUUGCUUUUCUACCCAAAGUAUUGAAACCCUGCCGAUUAUACAGUGGUCUGUCUUUGGAAUUUCACCACAAAUAGGCAAAAGAACUUGAAGGAGUCAUCACCUUUCCAUGUCCCUUCCCUACCUCCCAAAUUUGAUUCCAUGAAUAGGAAUGAAACUAACUAUUUCUACUGUCUGUCAUAGAUGUAUUUUUGCCCCUGUUUGUAUUUCCAGGAAGUAAGUUAGUGGUUAAAUUACUCAUGGGUGCAAUUGUUUGUACUUAUUCACCCUGAACUGGAGUUUUUUUUUUUUUUUGAGUUUACAUGUAAUUCAACAAUAUCCUGCAUUUAUUACUGCCCUUUGUUGUUUAAAUAGUGCCUUUGUUAAUGUUAUCUCAUUUGAACUUUUAUUCCCAAGUCCUAUGAAGCAAGCCUGGCAAGAUACUGCUUUUUCCAUUUAAUAGAGGAGCAGGCUGAGCCCAAGAAGCAGCGUGUUCAUUUGCACAGAUACCAAUGUUGUUCUCAUACCUGGAACAAAUAAUCUGAUGAAUAAUUACCUCUAAAGACAAAGACACUUAAUAUAUAAUCUUGAAUAUUUUCUCGUGAAAUUUUGAAACCAGGCACAAACAUGUGAAAAUUGAAGUAUAUCCUGAGGCUAAAUGGCCCACCAGAUGGCAGUAAAAGCCACAAAUCAGAAAGUACAGGAUUAUUUGUUGUGUCACAACGUGAUGCCCAAAUACAGGAAUAUGGUGUCCAUUUCUGCCAACCUAAAGCUUAUCUAGAUGAGACUCACUAGAAGUCUAAGGAGCUCCAGGGACCAGAGAUGAAGGAACAAAGGUCCAGGAGAAGAGAAAACUCAAGAGAACAAUAUUGCUACUGCCACUUAUUGGAAUGCUUGUUAUGCAUUCCCAGAGGGAACAAGAGUGGGUCUGAAGCUAAAAGACUGAAAUUACAGAAAAGAAGCCUCCAAGUUCAUAUGGAAAGGACUCCUAAACCCCUACAUCAGUAAAAGAAAUAUAUACAACAAACUACCUAAUGUGUAAUGAGUUCCCUACCCUAAAGGCAAUAUAGCAUGGGCCUUUAAAUAUCCAUUUAGGAUGUUGUAGGGAGAAUGCCUAUAGCAGAUUUCUUCUGUCUGAUAUCAAGUUCAGAAGUAUAACUAAAAAGACACAUGAUACAGGAAUUAAGAACACAGACUCUGAAGCCUGUAUGAUGCUCACCUUUGAAAUCCAGUUGCCAUGUUGUAAAGAAGCUAGGCCACAUUCAGAAACCAGUUGUAAGUGUUUUGGCCAAUGCCCAGCAUUGGUCACUAAAUGAUUGAAUAGAUGAGCCUUCAGAUAAUUCCAGUGCUCCGACCUUGAAAACCACCACACUUAAAUACAAAUGGAGCAGAAAUGAGAUGUCCUACAAAUCCUGCUCAAAUACAAGAUUCAUAAGCAAAAUAAAUACUGCUCUAAGUUUGUGGCUAGUUAUGCACUGCUGGACAAAUGGUCAUGUGACAACUGAAUCACCAUUGAUCUUCCAAACCCACUAAUAGCACUGAGUCAAGCAGAAGGUGGUAUUAUUUGUAGGACAGUUGGGUGGGUUGAGUUGAUGAGAGAAGAGAAGGCCUGGUGAAGUUAUUUGGAGAGUCUGAAUGAAAGAUGAAUUAGAACUUUUGGAGACAGCAAAGGACACUAUGAAGACUUUAUCCAUGGUUUUGUGAUGCCACCCAUCUCCUAUAAGGUUUUGAUAUUUGACUAAUUCUUCUGGAGAAGGCAGGUAGACUGAGCAGGUGCCGGGUCUUGCCAAGAAUGUGAAAGAGACCUUGUAAGUUUAUAUAAGAUCUAUGGAGGAAGAAUUGAUGAAUGGUUUAGGAAACAGAAAACCCAAGGGCACAGAGACUAGCAUGUGGCUGAUUGCUGGUAUGGAAAGUAACCAUAGAGAUUGUUCUCUAAAUAAGGAAACCAAGAGCCAGGCACUUGGAAAACAAGUCAGUAUUGAUUGUACGGUAUGGACAGUAUAAUUGAAUUUCAGAGAAGAGAGGUUAGGUUUGGUGAGAAGAGUAUGAAUGGGUUGGGGGCUUAAAUAAGCUGUCCUGAUGGAGAGGCCAGAACAAAAAACACAGGAGAUAUAUGAUAAUGGACCCUUCCUGUGACUAAGAAUGGGAAAGAUGUGACAGUUCUUAAAAGUCAAACCAAAAAAUCGUAUGGGAAAUUUUACCUACAAUACCAUAUAGUAUAGACAAUACUUUCAUUUUUGAAGGGAAAAAAUACACUGACUUAUGAAAGAAGGAAAUUAGAGUGAGUGACUAAUUUUCCCAGCAACCAAGCCAUGAUGUACUAGAAUAUCCAAGUGCUGCUUGGCUGGAGAAGGCGGGCAAGGGAAGACACUAGUAGCCAAUACCUGUCUUCCUCAUUGCUUUUCAGGCUACAAUAACUAUAUUUAAAAAUUCAGUCUCAAUGCUGAAAAUCUGGGUGGAGAUCUUCCAAGUGGCAAUUCUGGUGAGGGUUACUGAGGCCCUCACAUUUUCCUGUCCUCUUGUUUCUUCCCCACAGUACACACCAGUGUAUCCUCCCUAGAAAGGCAACCCCAGCAGCGAGGGUAGGACACAAGAGUAGUAAUCACAGUGAAACUUGACAGGGUAGAGGCCUCCCAGGUCCAUUUAAGUUUUUAUGUUCUCUCUGGUCCAGCAGACGAGCAUGUGUGUUAGAACCCUGAGGAAGGGAAGGUGCCUAUUUGAAAAGCACCAACCGCUAGGAUUGCCUCUCUUGGGGUGUGUGUCUCCUCACUCCUGCUAGUCCAGAUCAGGUCACUCUUGGCUCUCCUCUUUUCAGGAUAGUAUUAUAAAAUACUAGUUAAUUUGGAAGUUGUACCCAGAGCAUUCUAUUGGCUUUAAAUUAAAAAGAAAUAGUAUGGAAAUUUCACAGUGAAACCCAUGUACAACACAAUGAUUUGUACAAUCAAUUUAUACGAAUAAAAGAAUGGCAAUAAUGUUUAAUUCUGACAGGUAUUAUAAUAGACGGGAUUCUAGAAAAAAUAAUGUCAUAUCUAGGUGAAAUUGGUAAGCUAUGAGAUAGACUUAGGACUUUCUGAAAAGGGAGGGAGAACAUGCUCCUACUGCAGCUGUAUUUAACAUUCUGUGUAGGGUUUUGAUCCAAGAGUGUGGGUGAAGUAAGAAAAAGUGCCCUGUGCAUGUGGUGUGCAGACCCAAGGCCUCCCUCAAGAGGUCAAGCUCUCCUGCUGCUCCUCACUGUCCAGUAGUUGGAAGACAAGUCCUUGGAUGUGGCUGUGUUGCCCAAGCUGUCCUCAGUCGAGGACAUUUUGGAGGAAUUGUCACUAUCAAUGUUGGAUUUGCAAUGUCAGUUGUGAUGGCCAUUUAUGUGACCGGAGGCGUCUCUGGUGGCCACAUCAACCCAGCUGUGUCUUUUGCAAUGUGUCUCUUUGGAAGGAUGAAGUGGUUCAAAUUACCAUUCUAUGUGGGAGCUCAGUUUUUAGGAGCCUUUGUGGGAGCCGCUACCCUCUUUGGCGUUUACUAUGAUGGAUUUAUGUCCUUUGCUGGUGGAAAAUUGCUCAUCGUGGGAGAAAAUGCAACAGCAUUCAUUUUUGCAACAUACCCAGCUCCAUAUCUAUCUCUAGUGAAUGCAUUUGCAGACCAAGUAGUGUCCACCACAUUCCUCCUCCUGAUUGUCUUUGCCAUUUUUGACUCCAGAAACUUGGGUGUCCCCAAAGGCCUAGAGCCUGUUGUCAUUGGCCUCCUGAUUAUUGUCAUUUCUUCUUCUUUGGGACUGAAUAGUGGUUGUGCCAUGAACCCUGCUCGAGAUCUGAGCCCUAGACUUUUCACUGCUUUAGCAGGAUGGGGGUUUGAGGUCUUCACAGCUGGAAAUAACUUCUGGUGGAUUCCUGUAGUGGGCCCUUUGGUUGGAGCUGUUAUUGGGGGCCUCAUCUAUGUUCUUCUCAUCGAAAUCCACCACCCAGAUCCUCACAUAGACUUUGAGACACCAUCUGAGAACAAACCAGAGAAAUAUGAAAUUAGUGUCAUGAUGUAAUGGUGUACUCAGCACUGGAUCUGCAGUUUGCUUGGUACUCUCUUCAGGAAAGAUGACAUUUAAAUGUCUGGGUUUUUGUGAGACCAAGAUGAAAUCUACCCAAUUUUCUCUGCUAGCCACGUGGAAUACCCAGUUGCAGAGGCAUUGUGUGAAGAUCUAGAAAUACUGACCUCUUCUUUACCAGUCAGCCCCUUCCCCAGAAUAGCACUGGCUGUUCCCUGAAACAGCUUCUCCCUGCCUUGCUUACUGCAUCUUUGGUGGAAAUCCAUCCUUCUAGAUGAGUACCAGUAACUUGAAAUGUUGGCCAUAGACUGACUUGCAUUGUCUCAACUGCCCUGCCUACUACAUGAAAUAGUGUCAUCAAAAGCCUUAUCCUCAAUAUCUACAAAUCUUAUAUUCUGAAUAUCAACCAAAGCCUAAACCAAAAGACAGGGAAUGAAAGGGUUAACUCUCUAGCUAAACUUUGCUACCGUCUUUGCAUAAAUACUGAUAUUCUCCAAACCAGGGGAUGUAGGAAGCAAUGAGUGCAGGUGGAAAGCACAGGCAAAGGACACUGGAGGAUUUAGAAACCUCAGGACACAAGAUAAAUUUGGGAAACCAAAUGGAAUUUUUUAAUGGAAACCAUUUAUCAGAUUAAUCUCUUGCUCUUCUGCGUUUUAGAGGGUACCAAUUAAUUUCCUGGUCUUCAGUAUAUAAUAACCUAAAAAAAGAUUGUAAUCUCAGUCAUGAAAAAUACAUCACUGUCUUUUUAGCUGAAAUGUAUUUUCCUAUUUGCCCACUUAAGGACAGACACUUGACAAGUGAAGUCGAUGAUCACACUCAUCUGUCAUUCUACACAUGCCACAGAAGCCAAACCUGAAAGCCACUGGAGCCUGGUCUACCAGACUAUUCAAGGUGGAAAGUCCCUGGAAAGAUAGUAUUAUCUUACUGGGCUUUACGAUUCACAAAACAUUUUCACAGACGUUAUUUAAUUUAAUCCUGACAGGACGACCUGAGGUAAAUACAAUGAUGACCAGUUUUUCAGAUAAACACAAUCUCAGGCAGGUUAUGAAAGUUGUCUAUUAUUUCAUGGGAAAUUGAACAUGUCUAAUGCAAUUCUCCAUCUUUUGUAAGAUCAAUAACUGAUCAGGUGUGGUGAUCCGCACUUGUAAUUCCAAUAUUCAGGAGACAGAGGCUGAGGCUGAGGCUAAGGCUGGGCUACAUAGCAAGACUCUGUUAAAAAAAAAAAGUGGAGGGGGGAGAGAAAGAGGAAGGGAAGGAUGGAAGGAGGGAGAAAAGGAAGAAGGGGAGGAAGAAAAAAAGAAAAGAGCUAGAUUAAUAACUGACUUACAAUAUUUGCCAACCCUUCCUCCUCCCUGGUUGGCCUAAAGAAGUGAUAUCGGCAGCUUCCAGAACAUAUAGACCUUGUGAACAUAAUGUCAUCUGUUUUUAUUCCCACUGUUACUGAAAUACAAGUGAAGGAAAGAAGUAGCAGUUUGAUCGUAGCUUACCUCUGCUGAAAAACAUCAGAAGGCCUCCCUUCCAAAGCCACGAUUGUUCUUGCUAAGUCUUGAUCUUCCUCCCCUGCCAACCCUAAACAUUGCAUCAAGAAAGUUCUUCCUCACCUUCUUCCCUGUGAAGUUCUCUAAUUGAUGUUACUUUCAGCCAGAGGAUCUCUGUGAGUGACAAGCACAGAAAGAAUUGCUGUGUAUCAAGGAAUAUACCUUCAGCCCAGCUGCUGAAAGCCCAGGAUUAGAGGAGGCACCCAGUUUCCCAACUGCUUUGUGACAAUAACAGAACAACAAAAACAAAGUGGGAAACGCCUUUGGUGACCUACAUCUUAUAACCCAUGGACAUAUGGAGUUUUAUUCUUGCUGUGAAAGCACCUGGAUAUUCUGUUUGAAAUAAAAUUUGGGAGUUGUUUGUUUAUUUUUAUGGGAUUUGUAAAAUUAACUGCUAAACACUUAAUCUUAACACUUAACACUUAGUGUUAAGCUUGUAACACCCUUUUCCCUCCCUCUUGUCAAUUGAAAAACUUCAUAAGCUCAUUUACCUCAAUGUCAGAGGUGGAAUUUAUGAUUAGAAGUUAUUUAUCCUGUCCAUGAAUUGCAAAUCCAUGGGAGCUUUUAGGAAAUACUAAUGCCUGGUUAGUCCUUCAUUUGGUUCUAACAUGCGGGAUUGAGAACAUUGACUUGGUUAAAUCAUAUGGGUCUUAGGUUUCUUUGAAAGCCAACUUAGUGGUAGCCACAGAAUUGCUGGUAAUAAUCUCAGUCUUGGGAUCCCCACAGAUUAGAGCAUGGUUCUCCAUAAGGGGAAACUUUGCUCUUCCCUCUCCCCAUUCCCAGAGGAGCAUUUGGCAAUGUCUGAGACAUUUAUGGUUGUCAUGACUGGCAAUGAGGAAAGUGCCAGGGAGGUGCAAACAUCUCAGCAUGCAAAGCCAACCCCUCGUAAGAAAGCUCUAUUUUCCUUGGAAAUGUCCAGAGGGUCAAGGUUGAGAGAGACUGGAGUUGUGGACAGUUGAGACAAGAGAAGACACUGAAACCCUAUGCCAGGAUUCAAGUUUUGCUAGGAGCAGAGGUGCCAAAUCCAGAACAGACUCCCAAGGUGGAUUUCAAUUCUUGGAGUAAGAGGCAACCCAAAGGCUGGAUUUGCAGGAUAUAUUGUGGAUUACAUGAUUCACUCAGGUGCUCAUAAACACUUCUUGAUGAUUAAUGACCAAGAUUACAAAGAGGAAAUAUACACUGUUAGAAACCCACCUCAGGAAGGAUUUUUUUUUUCAUGGAAAAAGUUUCCCUUAUUCCAGGUGCUGUCACACCAGGUGCUCACACUCCAAUUCUCUCUCAUUCCCCAAUUUACAAGUUAGUGGAUUUGCCUUUAUGGGUAAUUCAGAAUGUGUCAGGAGUCAACUAGAUAGAGCCAACAAUCUAUUUCUUAAAACUUAUCUCCCUUAGGAGUUAAGCUUGUAACACCCUUUUCCCUCCCUCUUGUCAAUUGAAAAACUUCAUAAGCUCAUUUACCUCAAUGUCAGAGUGGAAUUUAUGAUUCCAAGAGAGUUGAGCUCUCAGAACACAUCUUAGUAUAGAAUUUUUCUAACAGUAACACUGUCAAUAUUCAGCUGGCAGGGUAAACAGAGUAAAAAAUCACAUUUAAAAAUCUAAUCCUUAUGAUACAAAUUAUGAUUUCCCAUCAUUUGCUUACACAUUUUAUUUGAAGGUAUAUCGGUGUCAGUAAUAUAGGGAAAAGAAUUACAACUUCCAGUUGCAGAUAAUGAUUUGUAAGUUUUAUUUAACCAUAGAAUCUAUUGUUCAAAUAAAACUUGUGUGGUCCCCACAAGUGCACUGGAACUGCUAUAUAUAGAAAGGGGGAGGAGGAUUGGGAUAUCAUCUUACACACUUCCUGAUGUGACCCCUGAAGAGUCUCUGGAGAGAAACUGUGUUGCAGGGACUCUUUAGUGUCAUGGUUUGAAACCCAUUGAUAACAACUUGGUCUACAUUGUUGAACCUUUCCAGAACUUACCAAAGGCCAUAUUAGUUUGAUUUCAGGUGAUCUUCCAAAAACUUUUUUUUUAGGUACUGGGGUAACAGGACUUCAUGCUUGCUAGGCAGAUGCUCUACUGCUUGAGCUAUGCCUCCAGACCCCUUUUUCUCUAG